AUGGCGCCCGCACUCGUCCAAGCAGCAGCACUUGCUCUGAGAGCUUCUACGAUCAUUUGCCCUGCGUCACCUCAAUGCCCGCUCAAUGAUGGAUGUCUUUUCUCUACCAACGGGGUUUUGUUGGAAGUCAGUUGCGCAACGGAUUAUUACGGUGGAGAUCUGCAGUUGGCACCGACGUCAACAUUGGCAGGAUGCAUGAAGGCUUGCUCCUCCACCAAUGGAUGUGUAGCUGUAAGCUAUCCCACUCCACCUACUGAGCAAGCUUGCCCGACCACUUACACUUGUCCGGAAAAUGACGGCUGUACGUUCACCGGAACUGAUACCCGAACCUUUAGCUUGUCCUGUGGAGUCGACUUCUACGGUGGAGAUCUGUCAUCUCUAUACGCUGCGAGUCUUGGAAGCUGCACCCUAGCAUGUUACGAGGACGCGCGAUGUGUUGCUGCCUCCUUUGUUGGUGGCAGCGGAGCUGGCCAUUGCUAUCUGAAGACAAAGAACAAUGGCAAGACAUUUAAUGAUAAUGUUGACGAUGUAUCAUCUGCAAGUAUUCCGGUUGCAUCCUCACUAGCUCCUGAGUCGCCCUCGUCCAUCUCCUCUGUCGCAACUACGGUUUCGACCCAGACCAGAGAUGAUCCUACACCAACGACUGUCGCCGAAACAGCUACUUCCGUCAUGUCAACACAAACGAGCCCGACGCCAACCGUCAUAUUUCCAAUCCAGGUUGUGAGGAAUCCGAGCUUCGAGUUCGGGGAUGGAUCAGAUCCUACUGACUGGACUGUGGAACGUCUCUACAUCAUCGACGCCGGGGCCAGCGGUCGCGUCCAGAUAGAACCCCGCACAGGAGCAUAUGCCAUUCGCGGUCGAGGCAUACCAAACGGCGGAUUCGACGUCUAUUUGAGCCAGACUGUGACAGUUAUACCUGGAGCGUCGUAUAACAUUGAAAGUUUUUGCAAAGCAGACUACCAACGGUUUUUGUUCGGCACUUCUUACACAUCUAUCUCAACACAGGUCGAUAUUCCUGUAGGAGAUGCUAUCCAGCAGGUUUUGCUAGUAGAUGGAGCAUGCAGUCUGCCUAGCGGGGACCCCCAGAUGUACGAUUUGUUUAUUGAUGACGUGACUAUGUCUGUCGUUGUCUAG